AUGCCUUCGACAACCCCGUGGACCAAGCCCGACACCACCACUCGCCCGAUCGCGAUAAUCGGCGCCGGCGUGAUGGGCCGACGGAUUGCUAUGAUGUGGGUAGCCGCCGGAUCCAACGUGAUCCUCUGCGAAAAACAAACAAGCAACCACGACCCGGCACUCGAGUACAUCAACACCAACGUCCCCAAACAAGCCGCCAAGAUGGGCACCAAGCCCGGCACCGCCAAAUUCACCACCUCGAUGAAGGAAGCCGUUGAAAGGACAUGGAUGGUAAUCGAGUGUGUCCCCGAGGUGUUGGAGCUGAAAAUCGAUAUCCUGGGCCAAGUGGAUGAGCUCGCACCGCCGGAUUGUAUCGUGUCGACGAAUUCGUCUUCGUUGCGCUCGAGCCAGAUGCUCGCCAAUACGAAGAAGAACUACCGUAUCUGCAAUGGCCACUAUUACAUGCCGCCGGAGCAAAUCUACUUUGAGGUCAUGUCGUGCGGGCAUACUGAUCCGGAUAUUUUCCCGUUCCUGAUGGAGAAGGCUGCUACUGCGGGUUUCAAGCCCGUGCAUGCGCAGAAGGAGUCUACCGGUUUGGUCUUUAAUCGGAUUUGGGCCGGCAUCAAGCGCGAGUGUUUGCUCGCGUUGGCGGAUGGUGUUACCGACGGUCCGACAAUCGAUGAGAUGUUCAAGUCGUGGUUCUUGGCGACCAAGGGUCCUUGCCAGAUGAUGGAUACGGUUGGUUUGGAUACGGUGUACAAUAUUGAGGUUGUAUAUUCCAGGGAGCUUCACACGAAUCCACGUGCGAAGGAUUGGCUGAAGACUUCGUAUGUGGAUAAGGGUAACCUGGGCGCGAAAACUGGAAAGGGGUUAUUGGGAUAG